AUGCGAUUCAAUCUCUCCAGCAUGGCGGCCCUCCUUGGGCUCGCCGGAACGACGACAGCUCAACUGCGAACCACGCCCGUCACCGACCCCAACACUGGCAUCGACUUUCAGCAAUACCUUAGCGCUAGCUACAGCUUUGGUAUCGCCCUUCCCGAGACUGUCGGCUCUGACUUUAUUGGUCAGAUGGUCAUUCCCACUACCGGUACCAACAAGGAAGGAUGGGGUGCUGUCUCUCUCCGGGGCGGCAUGUUGAGAGGUCUUCUCUUUGUCGCUUGGGCUGAUGGUGAGGAUAUCAUCACAUCAUUCCGUCUCGCCUCCUCCUACGCCAACCCCGAUGUUUACACUGAAACCGAGGUCAAGGCUCUGCCAAUUGCCAAUGGUACCUUCAUCAACAGCACCCACAUCUCAUACACCUUCCUUUGCGAGGGCUGUCUCGUUGAGGGCAAGACAAGUAUCAACACUGAAUCGCCUGUUCUCGGAUGGGCCAUCUCCGAGACCAACCCUACCGAUCCCUCCGACCCUGCGAGUGCUCUCUCCUACCAUGCUGCUGGCUUCGGUCAGUUCGGCGUUGACGUUGAUGCCGCCAAGUCUGCCAAGUACGCUCAGUGGGCUUCUUGGGCUGCCGCGACUGUUCCUACCCCUGACCCCGGCAAUGGCGGCGGUAACGGUACCAUCCCUGGAAACGGUACCUUCCCUCUUCCCACCACCUCCAACCAGACCUAUGAUGCCAUCGUUGUUGGUGGUGGUCCGGCUGGUAUCAUCGCUGCUGAGCGACUUGCCGAGAAGGGUAUCAGCGUUCUCCUGAUUGAGCGUGGUCCCGCCAACACUGUUGCUCUCGGAAACGCCGCUCAAGCCCUGCCCUGGAACGAUACCCUGACCCCCUACGAUGUUCCCGCCCUUGGCAGCAGCAUGACCAGUCUGUCUGGUACCAAGUUCUGCAGUGACACUGCUUCCACUGCCGGCUGUCUCUUGGGAGGUUCCUCUUCGAUCAAUGGACUCAACUUCAUCCACCCCCCUGAGCAUGACUGGCAGCGUUGGCCUGCUGGCUGGAAGUGGGGUGAUGUCUCUGAGGCUGCUUCGCGUCUGUAUGAGCGAAACCCCGGCACCACCAAGCCUUCUGCGGAUGGCAAGUACUACAAUGACCACGCCUACAAGGUCUUGCAAAGCUUCCUUGACUCCAAGGGGUGGUCAGAAAUUGACUCGAUUGAGGAGCCCAACAAAAAGCACAACAUCUACUCCCGUCCCUCUUGGUCCAUCAAGAACAAUAAGCGUGCCGGCCCUGCUCGUACCUACAUGCCUUUUGCUCAGGACCUCCCCAACUUCACUCUCAAGCUUGAGACCAAGGUCGUUCAGCCCCUCCGAACUGGUAGCCAGAUUACUGGUGUCCUGACCCAGGCGGCAGACGGUAGCCGACAGAUCAUCAAGGUCAACAAGGGUGGCAAGGUUAUCCUCGCUGCUGGUGCCAUGUCUACCCCUCGUCUCCUCUGGAACGCUGGUAUCGGCAAGUCUGAUGCCCUGGCCAUUGUCAAGCAGGGAGCUUCCCGAACUGGUGUCACCCUCCCCGCUGAGUCCAGCUGGAUUGACCUCCCUGUUGGUCACCACCUUCAGGACCACGCCCAGGUCAUGCUCCAGUUCAACGCCAAGACCAACUUCUCUGCUUACAACUUCAACGGCAUUGCUACCAACCCCAUUGAGUCUGACCUCGACCUGUACUACCAGGGAUCUGGUCCCAUCACUCAAGCUGCUCAGCGCAUGCAUCUGUGGACUUCGGCCAAGGGUGCUGACGGCCGUGUUCGUUACCUCCAAGGCACAGCCAGUGCUAUGGCCUCUGGCGUCAUCACUGUCCGUACCUUUUUGACCCACGGAACCACCACCGUCGGUGAGCUCGGUAUCACUGCUGCCGGCAACACUGUCCUCAACACCAAGCCCUGGCUCAUCGACCAGGAGGACCGCAAGGCCAUGUCCGACUUUGUCCAGUGGUGGCUGGACCUCACCAGCGGCAGCAACUCGACCCUCUCCUACGUCACCCCCGGUGCUACUCCUGAGGAGAUCAUCGCUUCCAAGAUGAUCAGUGGAGACCACUGGGUCGGCAGCGCCAAGAUGGGAGUCGACGAUGGCCGAAGUGGCAACGGCACCAGCGUCGUGGAUCUCAACACCAAGGUGUACGGCACCGACAACCUGUUUGUCGUUGACGCUUCUAUCCACCCUGACCUGCCCACUGGCAACACGCAGUCCAUCAUCAUGAUCACUGCUGAGCACGCCGCCGAGAAGAUUUUUGCCUCUGGCUCUGGCAACUCGACUACCCCGGCUGCUCCCACGCCGACCCCUGUCGCGACCAAGAGGAGAUCGUGGUACUAA